AUGUCAACUGAGAAUGCUGGGUUACCCUUUGUAUUAAAAAGAAACCAAUUUCCUGUACGACCAGCAUUUGCCUUGACAAUAAACAAGUCCCAAGGCCAAACACUGUCUCAUAUUGGUCUAUACCUACCACAACCUGUCUUUACUCAUGGACAAUUGUACGUAGCCAUGUCGAGGAAGCUUUAG